AAAUUCUCACCCCUGACAUAAAUAAUUCAGAUGAUGAUGAUGAGGUUGAGUUGUCUGUAGUGAAGAAGUCUGAAGCUAGUUUUAAAUAUCUCCAGGAUUGGUAUUCUACUCAGUAUACAGGGGAUCAGAGACCACCACUAGUAUUUGUUAUUCAGGAUUUUGAGAACUGUUCUGGUUCUGCUCUUAAUGAUCUCAUAACUCUCUGUAGCAGGUAUCUGAGUAUUCUGCCUGUAAUAAUGAUAUUUGGAGUAGCUACCACACUAUCUGCUGUACACAAAUCCUUACCACAAUCUACCACAGCCAAGCUAACUAUCAACACAUUUGGAAGCCCGAAUGCAGCCCUACAUCUAGAAGAAGUUGUUAAGGCUGUAGUUCUUGAUACUGAGGUUCCGUUUAAACUGUCUGGAAGAGUUUUCCAGUUCCUACGGGAGAAUUUUCUAUUCCAUGAUUUCUCUGUGAAUCAGUUUUUAGCCGGAUAUAGGUUCAUCCUUGGAGAACAUUUCUACAGAAACCCAGCAGCUGCACUUGUACUGAAUGAGGCGGAUUGCCUGAAGAAAAUAGAAGACAUGGAUUUGGAUGAUCUUAGUUUUAUCUGCAGACUCAAUAGUUUCAGGGAGUAUAUGAGUGAGCUAGAGCUGGAUGAGCAGGCGGAGAUAUUGAUCAACCCAAAGAAAGCCAAGCAAACCAUUAAACCAUUAAUUCAGGAAUAUUUUGAUUAUUUGAAAACCUUUACGGCAGUUGUUCAAGUUCUUCACAUAGUUUCCAGAGAUCUACCCCGGCGUCCUCUAGGCCGGUUACUGAGCGAGGUUUAUGAACCUGCACUAGCUGGAGAUAUUCAUAGCUCACAACAAUAUAGGGAAUAUAUUUUUCACUUCUUAGAUAUAGAAAUAUAUUUAGAUGUGGGAGGUCUACCCCUUCUAUCCGAGUUCCUAGCUAAGGUAGAGGAGAACCUGGAGAAACUAAGAAACCUGGAUUCAGAUCUAGAAUAUUCAGGUUCCCCGGCUGUCCAGUCUCUAGCUGCUAGAUUUAACGACAGUUCAUCUAGCUCACCCUGUAUACUACCAAGCAAUCUAGAUAACAGCUCAAAUACUCCUGCUCCUAGCAGCUCAAAUACUCCUGCUCCUAGCAGCUCAAAUACUCCUGCUCCUGGCAGCUCAAAUUCGGCCAGCAGCACAAGAAAAUCAGUGCAACUGGAUCGAUACAAGCUUCAAGCUACCCUACUAGAAGCAGCUCAUAGAAACCAGAAACUCCAGGUAAAGUCUUAA